ACCAGCCGAUUUCUCCAUCUUGUUAGUGAAACAACUAUAACGUGCUAAAGGGCGGAACCUGAAUGUGACGAUCUGAGAUAAAACCGGUAGAUAAUUACUCUAGUACUUUUCCUGUAGACUGUGUGUUUUAUUGACCUGCUUACAGACCUGCCCACUCGUGUGCUCACUCUGUUCACUUCUCCAGCCGUUUGCUUUCUAACUCGGUUUAAUCGACACUGUUCUCUUCAUUUCGGGUCACAUCAGUACAAAUCUCUCUGUAUAGACACUUAACUUACUGAGAAGCGGCGGUGGAGCUCCGGAUCUUUCCUGAUGGAUUUACACGUUGUAUGUUGCACUCUUGUUCUGCUGACAUGCACAGGAGUAUGUUUUGGCCGAGAGCUGAUAUUACCUGAGGGAAUAAAUAAAGCAGUUGGGGAGAAUGUGGUGAUUACCCCAAUCAGUAUUCCUGAUACCACACAUAUUUAUAUCAAAUGGAGCUUUAACACAGACAUCAUCAUUCUUGCUGGACCUCCUGAUAGUAUUACAAUACAACCACAGUACACUGACAGAGUUCAUCUGGACACUAAGACUUUAGCUCUGGAACUCAGGACCCUGACUGAGAGUGAUACUGGACUAUACACUCUGUCUGUAGACACUACUGAAAAGUCUUUCACAAAUGUGACCUCACUGCAGGUGCUUGUGCCAGCCUCUAGUGUUACCAUAACACAAAGUAACACAAAGCUGGUUGAGUUUAACAGCACUGUAAGUCUCGUCUGCUCUGCGUCUGGCUCGUCUCUUUCAUUUAUUUGGCUGAAUGGCAGCUCUGAGGUAACAGCAGGGGAGCGAGUUCAGCUAACAAACAGCAACAGCAAUCUGACCAUUACCAGUGUGAUCAGAGGUGACACAGGUCCAUACCAAUGUGAAGCAUCCAACAGUUUCAGCAAUGCAAAGAGUCCUUCAUUGAGCCUCACCAUUUACUAUGGUCCAGAAAAUGUCAAAGUUGUAGCAGCUCCAGUGGGACCUUCCUACAGCUCUGGGUCAAACCUUAUAUUGACCUGUUCAGCUGAUUCCAGUCCUGCUGCUGAGUUUCAGUGGGCUGUGAAUGGAACAGAGCUUGGUGAAAUGGGCCAAGAGCUCAGACUGAGCAACAUUCAGAGCAAUUAUACCGGCAAUUACAACUGCAUGGCCCAUAACAAACAGAGCCUGAGAUACUCCACGUCUGAACCCAUCGGCAUCACUGUACUAGAUGUGGCCAUUAAGACUGCGCGUGAUUUUCCGUGAGAUGCCGCAAUUUGGCGCGCCAUAAGCAACAUUUGGGAAUUUAAAUAAAUGUGUUGUGCUUCAGUGAAUAUCCGCCAGAUGGCGCAUGGAAGGACUUUAUCUAAAAGCC